GUUUGCAUAACUGAGUUGGGAUCCAGGCUCAGGAUAAAAGGCCCAGCGCGAGGAGGCUGCAGCAGGUGGACAGCCGACAGCCGGGACCAUGGAGUUCAGCCUGCUCCUCCUCCUGGCUUUCCUCGCAGGCCUCCUGCUGCUUCUGUUCAGGGGCCACCCCAAGGCCCACGGCCGUCUCCCCCCGGGACCCCCCCCUCUGCCCGUCCUGGGGAACCUUCUACAGAUGGACAGGAAGGGCCUGCUCCGCUCCUUCCUGCGGCCGACUGUCUCAGGUUCAGGAACUGACUGCCGCCGGCCCUGGGCGGGGUGUGCUUGGCAGCUCCGAGAGAAAUACGGGGACGUGUUCACGGUGUACCUGGGAUCCAGACCCGUGGUCGUGCUGUGUGGGACAGAUGCCAUCCGCGAGGCCCUCGUGGACCAAGCUGAGGCCUUUUCUGGCAGGGGGAAGAUCGCCGUGGUGGAUCCGAUCUUCCAGGGAUACGGAGUGUUCUUUGCCAACGGGGAGCACUGGCGGGCCCUUCGGAGAUUCUCCCUGGCCACCAUGCGGGACUUCGGCAUGGGGAAGCGGAGCGUGGAGGAGCGCAUUCAGGAGGAGGCCCGGUGUCUGGUGGAGGAGCUGCGGAAAUCCAAGGGAGCCCUCCUGGACAACACCUUGCUGUUCCACUCGGUCACCUCCAACAUCAUCUGCUCCAUUGUCUUUGGAAAACGCUUUGACUACAAGGACCCCGUGUUCCUGCGCCUGCUGGACCUGUUCUUCCAGUCCUUCUCCCUCAUCAGCUCCUUCUCCAGCCAGGUGUUCGAGCUCUUCCCGGGCUUCCUAAAGCACUUUCCCGGCACACACAGGCAGAUCUACAGGAACCUGCAGGAGAUCAACACUUUCAUCGGCCAGACCGUAGAGAAGCACCGCGCAACCCUGGACCCUAGCAACCCCAGGGAUUUCAUCGACGUCUACCUGCUCCGCAUGGAAAAAGAUAAGUCCGACCCGAGCAGCGAGUUCCACCACCGGAACCUCAUCCUCACCGUGCUCACGCUCUUCUUCGCCGGCACCGAGACCACCAGCACCACCCUCCGCUACGGCUUCCUGCUCAUGCUCAAGUACCCACACGUCACAGAGAGAGUCCAGAAGGAGAUCGAGCAGGUGAUCGGCUCCCACCGCCCUCCGGCCCUCGAUGACCGAGCCAAAAUGCCCUACACGGAUGCGGUCAUCCACGAGAUCCAGCGGCUCGGGGACCUCAUCCCCUUAGGGGUGCCCCACAUGGUCACCAAAGACACACAGUUCCGAGGCUACGUCAUCCCCAAGAACACGGAAGUGUUCCCCGUCCUGAGCUCGGCUCUCCACGACCCGCGCUACUUUGAAACGCCGAACACCUUCAACCCCGGCCACUUUCUGGAUGCCGACGGGGCCCUGAAGAGGAUUGAAGGCUUUAUGCCCUUCUCCCUGGGGAAGCGCAUUUGUCUGGGCGAAGGCAUCGCGCGGACCGAGCUGUUCCUCUUCUUCACCACCAUCCUGCAGAACUUCUCCAUCGCCAGCCCCGUGCCUCCCGAGGACAUCGACCUCACUCCCCGGGAGAGUGGCGUGGGCAACGUGCCCCCGAGCUACCAGAUCCGCUUCCUGGCCCGCUGAAGGGGUCACGGGGACCCCCGGUCGUCAGGUGUCCCCACCUCUGUAGAGAAUGGCCCCAGACUCCUCUCACAUCUUCCUGCCUCUCAGACCUGGGGCCAGCCCGGACCCUCCCCUUGGCCUCCUCGGCGUGGGGAGUCCUCUUUGUGGUCCCAUCUCCUUCCACCAGGCUGCGGCUUUUCCAAAGACUCAGGGAACUGUUCUCUUCCUCUCCUCCCUGCGUGCGGCACCGGCCCCAGCUGCUAGGUCAAGGAUUAUACCCAGUUUGCAGUUGAGGGACAGAGGCCAGGCAAGGUGCCAGCAGUCUGAGAUCACUGUGCCCCUGAGUGGAGGAGAGAGAGCCACGAUGUCGCACAGCCCACUCUUUGCAGUCACGUAGUUAGGUUAAGAUGCAGCCCACACAGCACGCACGAAGCCAUGCAUUGAAUGGGAUGGUUUUGUGAUUUUCUCUCCUCCACAAGGUCUUUACAACCACAGGAUCUGUGCCAUUGCCCCAGGGGAAACCCCAAACCUACCAAGCUGUGGAUGUCCCAAAUAAACGGGGGUCACACCUCUGA